AUGACGGAAGCUUUCACCGUCGACGCAUCCGCACUAAUCAAUGUCAGGGACAAAGUGACACUCAUCACGGGCGGGUCUUCAGGAAUCGGCCUUGCCACAGCCGAGUUUCUCCUGGGGCUAUCCCCGUCUAAUCGUGUUGCCAUCCUAGACCGCGCAGAGCAGCCGGCGUCGCUUGCAUCAGAGCGUGUGUUUUUCCAUCAAUGCGACGCGACGUCCUGGCCAGCACAGCGCGCGGGCUUCGAGGCGGCGGCUCAGAAGUUCGGGCGCAUUGACGUUGUAUUUGCGAACGUUGGAAUCAAUGAGCGAGGGGACCAGUUCUUCUCGGACGUUUUCGAUGGGGACAAUAAACUGAAAGAGCCGGACCGCAGCGUCAUGGACUUGGACUUCACGGCCAAUGCGGACACGGUCAAACUGGGCAUACACUACUUGAGGCAGAAUGAGAAAGGUGGGAGCAUCAUCUUGACGAGUAGCUUUGCGGGCUAUCUCGGCAAUCCGGGCGCCCCUUUCUAUAACUCAGCGAAGCACGGUCUCGUGGGUCUCAUGCGCUCGCUCAAAGCGGAAACCCCAAAGGUUAAUGUCGCGAUUUCAGUCGUAGCACCCGCAGUGACAGCGACACCCAUGCUGGGCUCUCUUGAUGAGGUUGGGAUGACAGCCGAGGAGAACGCCGCCCACUUGAUCAGAUCGGGGCUAACAGUUAACCGUGUUGAGAGUGUGGCUUUGGCAGUGGGCUACCUGAUUAAUGGCGGGCCCAAAUCUAACGGCAUGGGAAUACUGGUUCAGGGGGAUAAGAUGGUCGACCUUGAAAAGGGUUAUGCUAAGAGCAAGGAGGCCUGGAUGGGCAAGGAGAUGCUGAAUCUUGUCAAGAGGGGCCCUGGUAAGGAUUUGUACAGGCGUAUUGAGGACAAGGCCAAAAUUUGA